AUGUCUGCCUCAUGUUCGGCGCUGAGACGGCUGACCCACAGGUCUCCCCGCACUUUGCAGUCCCGCAUCGUCUCCAGGUCUGUCUCCUCCCGCAUUGUCGCUCGCAACUCCUUCAACAACAACAACAACAACAACAACAACACCAUCAUCAACAACCCUUGCGCUCCUCGCGUUUCGCGAUUCUCAACCAUGACUGCCCUUCAGCACGGCGCUCCUCCUGCUGCCACGGAGAGAAGCUAUGAUCCCGAGAUCAAGGACAUGGCUGCCUACGUUCACAACUAUGGUGUGGAUUCGGAUCUAGCGUAUGACACUGCCCGUCUGGUCUUCCUCGACACCCUCGGAUGUGGGUUGGAAGCUUUGAGAUUCAAGGAAUGCGCUAAGCUGCUGGGCCCUGUUGUGGAGGGCACUGUGGUCCCUAACGGUACCCGCGUUCCCGGUACUCCCUACCAGCUCGACCCUGUCAAUGGUGCCUUCAACAUUGGUGCCAUGAUCCGUUGGCUCGACUACAAUGACUGCUGGCUUGCUGCUGAGUGGGGUCAUCCUUCGGACAACCUUGGUGGUAUCCUCGCUGUCGCUGACUGGAUUUCCCGCACUAACCGUGCAGGAGGCAAGCUCGGCAAUGGUAAGAUCCUAAAGGUCAAGGAUGUGCUGGAGGCGAUGAUCAAGGCCCACGAGAUCCAAGGUGUUCUGGCUCUGGAGAACUCGUACAACAAGGUCGGCCUGGACCAUGUUGUGCUGGUCAAGGUCGCCACCACCGCCGUGGUCUCCAAGAUGCUCGGUCUCACCGAGAAGCAGACCGCCGAUGCCAUCACUCAGGCUUGGGUUGACGGCCAGAGUCUCCGUACUUACAGACACUCCCCCAACACCAUGUCCAGAAAGUCCUGGGCCGCCGGUGAUGCCUGCCAGCGUGCUGUGAACCUGGUCCUCAAGGUCCAGCGCGGCGAGGGUGGUGUCCCUACUGUUCUGUCUGCUCCUGUCUGGGGUUUCUAUGACGUCCUGUUCAAGGGCAACAAGUUCAAGUUCCAGCGUCCCUAUGGCAGCUAUGUCAUGGAGAAUGUUCUCUUCAAGGUUUCAUAUCCUGCCGAGUUCCACUCUCAGACCGCUAUUGAGGCCGCCCAGAUUAUCAACCGCAAGCUCGCCGCUAUGGGCAAGACCGCCAAGGACAUCAAGGAGAUCACCAACCGCACCCACGAGGCCUGCAUCCGUAUCAUUGACAAGCAGUUCAAGGCCAUGGAUAACUUUGCUGACCGUGACCACUGCGUCCAGUACAUGGUUGCCACCAUGCUGGCUUUCAACCGCCUGACUGCUGAAGACUACGCUGACGGCUCCGAGGCUGCCACCUCACCUCUCGUUGAGGACCUCCGCAAGCGCAUCCGCUGCGUCGAGGAUCCCCAGUUCACCCUCGACUACCAUGACCCCUCCAAGCGUACCAUCCCCAACGCUUUGACCGUUACCUUGAACGACGGCACCGUCUUUGAGGAGGUUGUCGUCGAGGCCCCUCUGGGUCACCGCCUCAGACGUGAGGAGGCCAAGCCCGAGAUCGUGGCCAAGUACAAGCGUCACCUGGAGGCCCACUUUGACCAGGCUCGCAUUGAUGAGCUCCUGAAGGUCGGAUUGGACCGUGCUUCCCUGGAGAGCUACGAUGUCGACCAGUACGUUGACCUCUAUGUCAAGGACAAGAUGGUCGCUGCUGCUUCCUAG